GCGGAUAUAAUCAAAAUUGUUGUCACGCCAUUUGCCGCUGUCAAGCCGUUGGAAAGCGAGUAAAAGGAUGAACAUUGUUUUGAGCCUAUUUUAGCUGGUUUUGUAACAACUAUCCAUCAAAUUUCCAUCGCGAAUGAAAAAUAAUAAACUUUGAACACGAGAACAAAAUUGGAAUAUUGGUGGAUUGAUCAUGUUUACCAUUUCCGAACAGCGUCGCGACGGCGUGUUUGACAACCGAGCUGAGAGAGGUGGUUGCAAGAAAAUUGAACGCUCAUGCGUGUUUACAAGCUGUGUGCCGGGAGUGUGUAGGUGUGUGUUGGCUAGCUUGAAAAAUGAAACCGUUUCUAUUCGCAGCACUCAGGUUCACACCGGUGCUAUCUAAACGGGAAUGGAAAAUAAGGACGCGACAUGGGAUUAGCGAUGGGUUUCCACAUUUGAGGACCUGCUCAAAUCUUGCAAUGAGUUGCAUAGUAGUAUAGUGCAGUAGUAUAGUGCAUACUGCCUUGCACCCUUCAUACUCUUCAAACCCUUAACGCACACUUCACAUUGUUAUUCAUAGCAUUAGCUUCCGUGUGUAGACUAGUUCAGUUGAAUAAAGCUCUUUGUAACGAACAGACACACAUGGACACACCGAGUCUUUUCUUCUGUACCAUAUCCGUAACAUGGUGUCAGAAGUUUUCGCGGUAUAAAGUUCGGAAAAAACCUAGUUAAUCGUCGGGCAUCGUAAAACCCGUAGUCGCGUUAGUGAUUGCGUAAAGAAAGCAUGGGACAUGGACGAGAACUUUUCGGUUUUCAAGGAUAAUUGGAAGAAUUAUUGCACCGCGGUUGGCAUGGAUGAAUGGCCGGCCACGGAAAAGGCGAAAAAGAUGUGCAUCCUGCUGUCGGUCGUGGGCACCGAGGCUCUGAAGAAAUUUUCCAAUUUCGACCUGCUGACAGCAGCGGACAGAGUAUCACCGGAUACUGUGCUGGCAGCAAUGAAGACCAAGGUGACCCGUACCAGGAAUAUUAUCGUGGAUAGGCUGGAGUUCUCCAGGGCCAAUCAGGCAACCGAGGAAAGUAUCGACGACUAUACCGCCCGUUUGAAGACUCUGGCGAAACCAGGAAAGUUCGGAGGUCUAGAAGCGGAAAUGAUCACCUACAAGCUGGCAACUUCUAACAAGUGGCUACAUCUCAGGACAAAGAUUCUAACCAUGGCAGAUCUCACUUCGGGGAAGGCGACAGAUCUGUGCCGCGUGGAAGAAAUUACUGCGAAGCACGUCUAAACGCUCUCGUCAGACAAAAUGGCGGAAGUAAACAAGUUGAAAGCAUCGUCAUCGAAGGCGCGUUUGUGUAAGUUCUGUGGAGACUGGCAUGUCUUCACAAAAGGUUCGUGCCCAGCCUACGGAAAAAAAAGUGCAAGAAAUGUGCAGGAAAAAACCAUUUCGAAAAGGUUUGCCGGAAGAAUCGAUCCAGUUCGUCGAAACGGAGCCAUACGCGCAGAGUGAACAAGAUAAACGAGGACACUUCGGACGGAAGCGAUACAGAUGAAGAAUACAGCGAACAGUCGGAGGAAUCAGAAAUCGAAGGAGAAAUUGGCUUCUUUAACGGCGUUGAGAUAAUUCGAUAUUCUGAAUCUGCAAUGUCUGGACUGUCCCAAAAAAAAUCGAUGUUCAAAAAGUCAAGGUGCUCAACCCUUAAUUGAAAGAUAUGCAUAUUUGAAGCAUUUUUGUAGAACAUUUCGAUUUUCUAAAAAAUCAUUUAGAGGUUCCGCUAGGGCAAUUUUUGAAAAAUGGCCUUUUUUCAUGAAAAGUCUCAAAAAAAUCAUUUUUUCGUAAUAUUUUUUCAAUUUCUGAAUUUUUUCAAUAUUUUUGUAUUUUUCUAUGGACCUCUAGGCAUUCUUGAAGGGGAUAAGUUUUUGGAAUAUUGUAUUUAUAUUGACGGCAGAACCAUUUUUAUGUUGAUAAAAAAUCUAUUUUUUGAGAAUUUUUCCUCUAAAUUUGAGAAAAAAAUACAUGCACGAUUUUUUAUUUUCAAUUUUUAAAAUUUUGUCUGAUAGUACUAUUUGUAUGCGUCAUUUCUCUAAAAAAAGAAUUAAAAUAUCUUGUCUAGAAGCUGAGAUAUUAGGAUUUUAGUAAAUGGACAAUUUUUCAAAUUUUUGCAAAGCUUUGGAUAUUUGCAAGGGGUUGGUCAUUCGGCACAUUGUGCCCGGCACACAUGCCGGCACAUCUCGGCACACAUGCCGGCACAAUCCGGCACACAUGGGCACAACAUAGAAAUCCAACUUUGCGGUAUGGAAUCAAACUGUCAUUAUACUUACGAUUGCAAAAAAUCCCUUCAUACAGAUUCUAGACGAGUGUUCUGGGUGGAAUUUUGUCGGUAAACACCGACUAGACCAAUAACAUUCGCCAAAAAUAGACAGGAUUAUAAUUAGCGCAAAAACAUUCUAAGAAAAUAUUCCACUGGGCACAUUCGGCACACCUCCGGCACGUUCGGCACACUUCGGCACACACUGAAAAAUAACCGGCACAGUUUAGGCACAUAUUGGCACACGCUAAAAAAUCACGGCACAAAUGAAGUGUGCUGAAUGACCAACCCCUUGGAUAUUUGAAAUAUUGUAAGGUCUUUUUGACACUCCCAUAUUCGUAAAUUUAAAAAAAAAGUUAAAAAAAAACAGCUUUCCUUGUUGGAUGAUCAAGCUAGUUUAAAUAUGGAUAUUUUAUUCUGGGCUAGUUGGCAGUAGAUUUAUGAAGAGCUUUCUGAAUAACUACAAAUAUGACGGGUAUUGUGGUUACUGGUAGCAACGCAUUUAGUUCAAGAUUACGUCGUGGAAUUCCUUACUACUGCGCCCUUUUUUUUUUUUCUGAAAUAGGAACGACCAUUCCAUGCAGAGAUUAUAUAAUAUUGAUAAAAUCAAUAAAAAAUAUCGUUAGGUCUAAAAAUCAUGACGUUUAGGAAUAAUAAGAUCGCGUAUUUCCCCGAAAGGCUAUUAUUGUCUAUUAUUUUCUAAGUUUUUUUAAAAUCAGUCUUGACUUACCUUAGCUAUUUUUUUAAUUAUUUCAUCACUAUUAUAUUACCUCUGCAUGAAAUAGUUUUUACAAUUCAGAAAAGGGGUGUAAUAGUCGAGAAUUCCACGACAUAAUAUCGAAAUUUAUGCGUUAUUACCAGUAACCACGAUACCCGUCAUUGUUGUAGUUAUUCAGAUAACAGCUCUGCAUGGAUCUACUGCCAAUCACCCUGGAUUAAAAGAUCCAUGUGUAAACUAGCUAGACCAUCCAACAACGAAAGCUGUUUUUUCUAACUUUUUUUUAAUAUACGAACAUUGGAGUGUCACAAAGACCUUACAAUAUUCCAAAUAUACAAAGUUUUGCAAAAAUUUGAAAAAUUAUCCAUUUACUAAAAUUACAUAUGUACAUAUUCUAUCCAAAUUAUUUGCAAUUAUACAGGGGAUAGACAAAAUGAUCGGGACAGGCAAAAUUUUCACUUUUCAAAAAAUGUUCAAUUAGCUGUAACUUUUUGAAAAGUGCAUCAAAUAUUUUCAAAUUUUUACUGUAAGUUCCUCAACUAGUUGUGUAUCAGUGGACAAAAUUUGGAAAAGAUCGGACAAUUCUUCACGAAGUUAUAAAGAUUUUUGAAAAAGGUAAAAUUAUCCGAGAGCCAACUUUGAGCUGUUAUAUCUCCGGAUUUAAUGAACCGAAUGCAAUGAAAUUUUGUCCAUUUAUGACUUAUAUAAUGAGCUAUGAAAAACCAUUGACUUGACUUAAUAUUCUUAACACGGAAGAAAGUUAUAACGAUUAGAUUAUUUUUCUAAAAAAAACACCAAAUUAUCCAAAACAUCAACAUCGUUUCAAAAUUCAAGAUUCAAAUUAGAGUUCAUUUAGUUUCCCUCUAAUUGACUUAUAUAUAAAUGCGCUUUGAAGGAAAGUAACAACAUAGCCGCCAAUAAAUUGAAAAAGUAAUGGGAUGCAUAUUAAAAAUAGAUCAAUUUACUAAAAAAUCAUGGAAAAAAUAAAAUCGCUAUAACUUUUUCGCUUGUUAAAAAUUUCAAGUUAAGUUGAAUGUUUUUCAGAGUUCAUUAUAUAAGUCAUGAAUGGUCAAAAUUUCAUUGCAAUCGGUUCAUUGAAUCCGGAGAUAUAACGGCUCAAAUUUGGCUAUCGGAUAAUUUUAUCUUUUUCAAAAAUCUUUAUAACUUCGUGAAGAAUUGUCCGAUCUUUUCCAAAUUUUGUCCACUGAUACACAACUAGUUGAAGAACUUACAGUAAAAAUUUGAAAAUAUUCGAUGCACUUUUCGAAAAGUUACAGCUAGUUGAACAUUUUUUGGAAAGUGAAAAUUUUGCCUGUCCCGAUCAUUUUGUCUAUCCCCUGUAUUUAAUUGAGAAAUUACACAGAUAUUAAGAAAAACAAAUAUAUCUAUUGAAUCUGCAAUUUAUGAGAUUCAGAAAUUCGCGUAUUUGUACAAAAGCUUAAGUUUGUCUAUAAUAUUUUAAGUUCAAGUUUUCAGUAAAAAUCAUGACUUAACUAUGGUUUUUUAUUGAUUUUAUCAAUAUUUUAGAAUCUCUGCAUGGAAUGGUCGUUCCUAUUUCAGAAAAAAAGGGUGAAGUAGUCGGGAGUUCCACGACGUAAUCUCGAACUAAAUGCGUUGCUGCCAGUAACCACAAUACCCGUCAUAUUUGUAGUUAUUCAGAAAGCUCUUCAUGAAUCUACUGCCUACCAGCCCAGAAUAAAAUAUCCAUAUUUAAACUAGCUUGAUCAUCCAACAAGGAAAGCUGUUUUUUAAACUUUUUUUUUUAAUUUACGAACAUGGGAGUGUCAAAAAGACCUUACAAUAUUCCAAAUAUCCAAAGUUUUGCAAAAAUUUGAAAAAAUUGUCCUUUUACUAAAACCUUAAUAUCUCAGCUUCUAGACAAUAUAUUUUAAAUCUUUUUUUAGAGAAAUGACGCAUACAAAUAGUACUAUCAGAUAAAAUUUUAAAAAUUGAAAAUAAAAAUCGUGCGUGUAUUUUUUUCUCAAAUUUAGAUGAAAAAUUCUCAAAAAAUAGAUUUUUUAUCAACAUAAAAAUGGUUCUGCCGUCAAUAUAAAUACAAUAUUCAAAAAACUUAUCCCCUUUAAGAAUGCCUAGAGGUCCAUAGAAAAAUACAAAAAUAUUGAAAAAAUUCAUAAGUUGAAAAAAUAUUACGAAAAAAUGAUUUUUUUGAGACUUUUCAUGAAAAAAGGCCAUUUUUCAAAAAUCGCCCUAGCGGAACCUCUAAAUGAUUUUUUAGAAAAUCGAAAUGUUCUACAAAAAUGCUUCAAAUAUGCAUAUCUUUCAAUUAAAGGUUGAGCACCUUGACUUUUUGAACAUCGAUUUUUUUUGGGACAGUCUCUGCAUGUCAAACUAAGCCGAAAUCCAAAUUUUCAUGAAUUUUGGAGUCCAGGAACCCAGUUAAAAAUCAAUUUGAAAUUUGUAUGGGAGCGAUUUGUCGAAUCACCCCUCGUCACAGUUUGUACUGGGCGGAGCUGUCAAACAGUUGCCCAGCUGUCAAAAGGUGAUUUCAAAAAAUCUCUUUGAAAUUGAUUUUAAGUACCAAAACAGAGUUCUAAAAAUCUGAAAAAAAUAUAGUGACUCAGAAAAAGGUGCUCUUUCGUAUAAAACCAAAAAAUCAACAAAUUUUUCCUAAUUUAAAAACCCAAUUGGAAAGAUUUGUUCUCUCAACUGAAGGAUUACAACCCGACUACACCAAGAUUUCGUCGAUCAAACACUACCCGGUCCCCGCAAGUAGAACGGAAUUGCAUCGGUUCAUUGGGAUGGUUACAUACCUCAGCCGUUUCAUUCCUAACUUGAGCGCUUCUUUCACUAAGCUCCGCUGGUUGAUCUUGGAAAAGAUACCAUUGGAAUGGAAUCAGGCGGAGGAUGACGAAUUUCGCCCCAAAUCGUAUUCGGAAUAUUUCUAACAAACGAUUUUUUUUUCAGUGCCUUUUGUUAUCAAAAACUAAACCAGUGAAGGUCAUAAUCAUCUCAGAAUCCAAUGAAACACAAUUUGUUAAGAGAUUUUGUCUCAUUUAUUCAAGGAGAUUCUGUCUCAUUCAUUCACUCUCCUUCUGGCGACGAGUCGGGAAGUCUCUGUGGUACUCCGGAUUGACCUAGCGGAAGCCAAUACUUACAAAUCGAAAUAAAUGAUUUACCGAUUUACAAAAUUUACAACGCAACCUUGGAAUUUUCGUAUGGAAGGUGUUGUGUACCAGCUACGCCGAAAUGCAGGUAGAAGACGGAAGGUGACAAAGGCGAAUCACGAGGUUUGGUGAAAAAUGGUUCUCGAGUGCAAUCUGCACUCAGAAAUAAAUAAAGUCAUUAGUGAAUAUUUUCUAUGCAAAAUAGCGGUUCGACUGGGUUCAUGCAUUAGUUGACUAAACAUAAAUUAGUUAAGCAAAACUAUAUACUACUAGCUGUGGUUUGACAACUGUUGAGCUCAAAAUAGCACCACACUCUAGAUUGAUUUCAUUUCGGUCGUGUUGAUUUCCUUCCCAGCUCAUAGAAAAUCAGUUAUUUUUCAAUUCUGUUACUUUUCUAGAUGAUUUUCGUAACUUUUUGUACAUAUAAACACAGCCACCAUGAAAACGAAUCAAACCGUGCAAGAGCCAUACUAAUCGGUUCAGCCAUUUGUGAGUUUUGUUGCCUCAAAGGGAUUCCAAACUCAUUUUUAUAUAUAUAGAUUUAGUUUUCAAAAUGCAUAUUUUUUAGUAUUUUUAAAAAAAGUUGUUCCGGUUUUUUUUUUUCUAAAUUUUAUGCAUUUUAUGUAUACAUUUAAGUAAGUAGUUUCUAGGAAUUUCAAUUCAAAAUAGUGAUUCAAUUUAUCGGCAGCCAAAUUCAAACAAAAGUCGUUUCAAGCUUAAACCAUAAGUUUAUAUUACAAAUAAAAUGUACCAUGUUUGACAAAGUUCAAUAAUUUAACAAUCCGGAACGGUUGUGCUGGGGAUACUUCACUUUCCUUAGGACCUGCAGGGUCCUAUAGAUCAGUUGCCAGCUCCACGAUCAAUGCUCCGAGUUCACAUGUCCAUGUCCAACAGGAGCGUGGCCACGGUGAUUCUUGCUCUGUAAAGAAUAUUAUGCUUUUGGUCGAAAUACGAAGUGACCGAACGUGCGAAAAUUGAUUUUUAACCUACUUAGAAAUGUCGCAACUCAAUUUGGAUUAGUGCAUAUUGUUGCUCUUAAUUAGCUUAAUGAUGCGCAACAGAAAAAAAGAGAUUAAAAUUUACUUCGCAGCUGCAACUUCGCAUGUGCUUCUAGCGACGACUUCGAUUUGGUGGUGCGACGAUAAUAUGAUGUAAUCAAUCAUGAGAAACUCACCAGACUUCGUGUUCAAGAAAAAUUAAGGGAUCGAAAUAAUUUGAUUUACUCACCGCGUCACUUUUCCGAAAGCUCUUCCCACAUUAUACUGCAUCCAUUAUGCGGAACUUCUCGUAGGUGUAAUAACAAUUUUAUAGAUAUUUCUAGAUAAAUAUGCAAACUUUAAAAAAUUUACCGAACAUGGAAAUUUAUAACAACUGCUGCUUUUCUUGUAAGUUGCGCCGUACAGGUGUCUGAAAAUUAUGCAUUUAUGCAUUUUAAUUACAAAAUAUAUGCACCAAAAUAAUGUUUAUUAGAAAUCUGUAUGCAUAAACAGGAUUUAGUUAUGAAAUGACUGAAAAACAGUAAUUUUAUGAAUAACCUUAUUUCUGAGUGUGAACAGUGUAAAACGACCGUGGUGCGCUUUUUGUGAAGAAUUAGUCUAUGUUAAUAUUCACGUAUAAAAAAGGACGUGGUUCGCAGCAAGUGAGAUGGAUCGAUUACGAAAAGGAUGAUCUGCGGCCGCACACACACAUGGACCAAGUAAAGUGGAGACGUCUCUUACGUACAGCAGAGGACACUCAGGCAUUAAUCGGACGGGAAAGGGCUCUUUUUUCUCGUUCCAGUUUCGUCAACAUCAAUCAGGCAGACCGAGCGGGGGUGACCACCGACGUCGGCGCACCGUCGAUCUUGAGACGUUCUCGGUGGCUUUCGGCGGGACGCGGUAGCCAGCUUUCCGGCGCGGGAGCGAAGGGCUCGAAGGCAGCAACGAUCGCAUCGGUAAUCGGAGGAGCGGAUUGGUGAGCGAGUUGGCGCCAAUCAUGAAUCGGACCGUAGGGUCGGCCGGGAACACGCAUCCGGCAGGCGAGGAGGCCCGAGUGAGCGGUCGAGGUUUGUGAUCGGUGGCGAUGCGUGAGUACAAAGAUGAGACAAAUGUUAGUUUCUAAGUAAGAAUAAGCAGCUAGGACGUAGAGAGAGGAUUAGGCGUUUAGGUGGCACAAUGCUAGGAGCCAAAUAAAGAUGUUGUCUAAAUGAAGAAGCUUUGAGUUGGUGCUUUGAUUGCCGUGUUUGUGCCCGAAUUACCCUGCUAUACGGUAGUCUUGCUCUACUGGUCGGGAAGUUAGCAACACUGGCGCCCAACUGAAAAUCCACAAAAUUUGAAACUACCGUUAGCGAUUUUUUGGUUUUGGGUUUGAUAUAUUUGGUUUUGUGUAUAUUGACUAUCCGGCCUUGAUAGUCAAUACAAUUUUAGCCCUUUACGCAGUAAGUUCGAAAGUAAAAUGGACUUUACCCAUUUGACUGACGAAGAGGUGACCUACGAGUUGGCUUUGCGCCACGUAGUCAACUUAGGUCCGACUACCCAUAGAGGAAAAGUUCUUCGUCUUAAGGCUCUCGUCCAAGAAGAGAGCUUGAAAGACAACAAGCCCACUAGCUCAGAACACGUCAUGAGUCCCCAAUCCAACUUAGAACUUUGCGAAGCGCAAGUUCAUCAGCUUCACAUCAGCUGCGAAGCAGCCAUUCGUACAGCUGACAGUGUAACUUUAAACCAAAUUCGGACACGUCUUCAUCAUUACCGCGACCGUCUACAGUUGAUUCGUCCGCCAAGUGAAUCGCGGGAUACGCAUGCAAUGCUAACGGUGCAUGUCGACGUGCUUUUAAACAAGCUGAACGGAACAAGUGUAGUGAAUAGUGUACCGCGAAGUGAGAGUGUUGUGGCUCAAGCAACUUCGACUGGAGCCAUAAGAAGGUACAACGGCGGAGAUGAAGGAGCAGUCGGAGGAGAAACCACGAUGCCAGUGGAAAGCAUUUCAAGACAAGACACCACACCACCAUCGGUAGCGCAGCCACCGCUAGUGACGUCAUUCUCGGGUGGGCAAGGCAGAGGAUUGUUGUUUUCGAGUUCGUUCCAAACGCGAGACAGCGAAGAAGCAGAACCAGCAGAUACGAGGCACCGAAACAGCUCACCUCCCCCUCCCUACCUGCCUAGAGAGCGGGAAACAUGGAACCCGUCGACCAGGGAACAACAAUCGCGGGAUAACCGCGAGUUACAAGCAAGAAUCAGGGAGAUGCAGGAGAGAGAACAACACAUGCGUGAGGAGUACUACAGAAUGCGAGACGACCUGGAGCGGUUGAUCCGUCGAGAGCGACCAGUACCGGAACGAGCGGACGAUCGCCGAAUACAGAAGGCCGUUCACAACUGGCCAUUCAAGUUCCGCGGCGAAAAGGACACGAUAUCACUCAACGUGUUCCUAGAUCGCGUGGAAACGUUCGCAAGGUCAGAAGGCAUGAGUGACGCCACACUCCUGAGCUCCAUCAAACACCUACUACAGGAGGACGCCAUCGACUGGUACUCACGAGCAACCUCGCAAAACUUGUUGCGAACCUGGGACCAAUUCAAGCGAGAGAUUCGAAGAGAAUUCCUGCCCAGCGGCUACUCCCAAAUUCUUCGUCUGGAAGCUAGCUUCCGGUUCCAAGGAAGAGAGGAAUCCUUCGCGAAAUUCUAUCGCGACAUUUCAGCGCUUUUUCGCUUCGUCGAUCCACCCAUACCAGACGACGAGAAGUUCUUCCUGGUGAAGAAGAACAUGAACGAGAACUACGCAGCCAUCGUCACAGCAGCGAGGCCUCGUUCACUGGAAGAAAUGGUGGAAGUCUGCACCGGAUACGACGAGACGAGAAUGCUUCUGAACAGACAACGCAGGAUUCCGAUUCCGCACAGCGCGCUUCUGGAACCGAACUUUGCUACGCCAGUAGUAACCAGCAGACCACCACCGGUUCAGCAUCACCAACAGCCACAGCGGUUCAACAGGAUUCACGCCGUGGAAGUAGAAGGCGCUUAUGAGAACGAAGCGGUAGAGGAAGGACCAGAAGAUGAUUGGCAGCACACAAUCGACGAACUGGUUGAGCAAGUCAACGCGCUGAAGAUGAACCUGGAGCGGAAAUCUGCGAGGCCAAUCUUUGCCGCACGCGACGAGAAGCAGUCCAGGUCGACGGACAGGUACAACCGAACAGAAGCUGAUGUUCUGCGAGCAGCGCGACAGUACACAAGAGAAGCGCAAGCUCCGGCACAGCAGCAACGGCCACAAGCCGCAUCGUUCCAGACUCGGCCACCACAACAGCAGCAAGAACAGCCGCAAAGAGCACAGAGCUGGCAAGUACGACAGUGGAUGCCAAGUUCGGAUCAGAGCGACAACAACCGAAGAAGCCAACGUCUGCUGCCAGAACCAGGCAGGCAACGGGAAGAUCGCCACAUACAACAGGAAGAAGCUCCGAACGAUCAACGACCAGCAAUGCUCUGCUGGAACUGCGACGAGGAAGGCCACAGAUUCACGGACUGUCCGAAACCGCAAGCCAUUCUCUUCUGCUACCGGUGUGGACGGAAGGGCUACUCGUUGCGCAGUUGCUUCACGUGUCGCACGGACGCGUUAAACUACCCAGCGGAGAACCAGCAAUAGAGGGGAGCAG